AUGAAACUUUCCUUAUUCUUUGGAGCUUUGGUCUCCAUGGCCAAUGCCUACACGGCCUACGAGCAGAUUGAUGUCCAGUCGAGUCUGAUCACCGACCCCACCAAGUUGGAAAAGAAGACCUUCGACUAUAUCAUUGCCGGAGGUGGUCUGACUGGCCUGACUGUUGCCGCAAAGCUGUCCGAAAACCCCAAUAUCACCGUUCUCGUCAUCGAAAGCGGUCAUUACGAGUCGAACAGCGGCCCCAUCAUCGAAGACCUCAACACCUAUGGCGAGAUUUUUGGUACCGAAGUCGACUGGGCCUUUGAAACCACCACUCUGGCCAGCCAUAACCGCACCGAAAUCGUUCGCUCGGGCAAGGGUCUCGGAGGAUCGACCCUUGUCAACGGCGGCAGCUGGACUCGCCCUCACAAGGUCCAGAUCGACUCCUGGGAAAAGGUGUUUGGAAACAAAAACUGGAACUGGAACAACCUAAUGCCCUACAUGAAGGAGGCCGAGCGUGCUCGUCGUCCGACCUCCAAACAGGUCGAGGCCGGCUACUUCUUCGACCCUGCCUGUCACGGCAUGAACGGUACUGUCAACGCCGGCGCUCGCGAUACGGGCGAACCCUUCACGCCGAUCAUCAAGGCGCUCAUGAAGACUGCCAAGUCGAUGGGUGUUCCCAUCCAGAAGGACUUUUGCUGUGGUGACCCGCACGGUGUUUCGAUGAUUGCCAACUCACUGCACGAGGACCAGGUCCGUUCGGAUGCUGCGCGUGAAUGGCUUCUGCCCGCUUACAAGAGAAAGAACCUGUCUGUUUUGACUGGCCAGCUGGUUGGCAAGGUCCUGUUCACCCAAACCGAUGCCGGGCCCAAAGCUACCGGCGUUGAAUAUGGAACUCACAGGAACGUCAAGUACGAGGUGCACGCACGCCAUGAGGUCCUGCUGGCUGCCGGCGCCCUGAUCUCGCCCCAAAUUCUGGAGCAGUCCGGAAUCGGUCUGAAGUCAGUCCUGGAUCCCGUUAGGAUCAAGCAGCUGGUUGAACUGCCCGUUGGUCUCAAUCUCCAGGACCAGACUGUCACCAAUGUCAAGUCUCGCAUUAACUCUGCUGGUGUUGGUCAGGGCCAAGCUGUAUUCUUUGCCACAUUCAACGAGACCUUUGGCCGGGACGCCCCUCAGGCUAUGCAGUUGCUCAACACCAAGCUCGACCAGUGGGCCCAGGAAACCGUCUCGGGCGGAGGCUUCAACAACGCCACCGCGCUCAAGAUCCAGUACGAGAACUACCGCGACUGGCUUCUGAACCACGACGUGGCCUACACAGAAAUGUUCAUGGACACCUCGGGCAAGAUCAGCUUUGACCUUUGGGACCUCAUCCCCUUCACCCGAGGCUUUGUCCACAUCCUUUCGGCCGAUCCUUAUGCCCAGCGCUUCGCCUUCAACCCGCGCUACUACCAGAAUGAGCUGGAUGUGCUGGCCCAGGCUGCUGCUUCGAAACUUGCCCGUCAGCUGUCCAACUCCGGCGAGAUGUCGCAGUACUAUGCCGGAGAGGACAUCCCCGGAGACAACCUGCCGUACAAUGCCAACCUUGAGGACUGGAAGAACUACGUUCAGAAGAACUUUCGUCCUAACUAUCAUGCGGUGAGCACCUGCGCGAUGAUGCCCAAGGAGAUGGGUGGUGUUGUGGACUCUACCGCCCGUGUUUAUGGCGUCCAGGGUCUCCGUGUCAUCGAUGCCUCUGUUCCUCCGACUCAGGUGUCGGCUCACGUGUCCACCGUCUUCUAUGGUAUGUCUCUGAAGGUGGCCGAGGCUAUCCUUGCGGACCACCAUGCUGCGUCGCAGUAA